AUGAUUCAGAGGACAGAGGCGGUGCUCUCGGUCCUGGGGGAGCUGCAGGAGGCCACGGAGUGUGUGGGUCUUGAUGCCCUUACUAAAGUUGCAGUGGAGGUGGAGCAGGUCCUGGCCCCUUUCCAACUUCCUACAACACCCUGCUCUGAGAUCUCCUCAUGGCAGGGCAUUGACGCAGUGGCUCACAGGCUUUACCCAGGAGAUGCACCCACAGGUCUGCUGCCUCUGGUCUGCAAAGGAGAAGGAAACCUGCUGUUUGAUGCAGCUAGCAUGCUUCUGGUGGGCUCUACUAGUUUGAGUCUGGAGCUGCAGGUCAGGACGGUGGUGGAGAUGCUGAUUUGGAAGAGGUACUACCUGUGUGGAAUGAUCGACUCGAAAGUGAUGCUGCAAGCUGCCAGAUUUUCCCUGUGUGCUGAGGAAUCUCAGGAUAUGCUCAAUCUGCCCAUUCAGGUGCUGGAGGCCAUCUUCGAUGCCGAUGUCAAGGCCUCAUGCUUUCACGGGUCAUUUGCAAACAUGUGGCAUGUGUAUGCUCUGGCCUCUGUCCUGCAGUGCAACAUUUAUUCGGUUUAUCCCAUGUACAAUUUAAAGAUUCGGCCCUAUUUCAACAGGCUCAUUCGUCCAAGGAUAUGGUCGAAAGAUACAGAGCCGUUGACCCUUCACAUCAUGUGGUCUGGUGACCUAGAGGCAGGCUCCGUUUUCAAACCCCACAACUUUGUGGCCCUAAUUCAUGCAAGUGACCUCAAGAUUGGGAGUCCCAAUAGCGAGCAGCGUAUGCCCUUGGUGAAGUCCCUGGAGCUUCAGAAUCAAGAUGCUCAGCUGUCUUACUCCAACCUCAAAGACAAGUUCAACAUCACCAAAAGCACCUUUUACCGCUGGAAGAGGCAAAGCAUCGAGUACCACAAGAAAUCAGUGGCAAGGUAUGAGGCCAAACACUUUUUCCUGAUGUCCUACAAACAAGGAAAGGUCAUUCCCCUCAGCCAGUUUAAAGAACUUUUCCCAGAAAUUCCAAGGUCCACGUACUACGCAUGGAAGCAAGAGCUUGUUUCCUGUUGUAGCCUCUCAGGCGGCUCUACGGGGGAGUUGAGUCCUGGAGAGAGCACUGAACAAGACUACUGGUCCUCACCAGAAGUCAAGAAGACGCCAGGCCAAGGGAGCUUUGCUAACAUGUUGGCAUUCAAAUAUGAAAAACUGGAAGGAGAACGUACCCAAAAUGUGACCUUAAUGCAAGAGGCGAAGAAGAGUCUGCAGGACUGUAUUGUUGCCAACACCUCGUUCCCUUACAGAAUUUUCAAAAGAAAGUUUCCGGGCAUCUCUAGAUCCACAUACUACAACUGGAGGAGGGAAGCCAUGCUGUUUAUGCCUUUCAAGGAGCACUCUGGUAGCAGUGAAGAAGGCUCGGAUGCUGACAAAUCCCAGAGUCCCAGAAGUCAAGUGUCCCCUGCUAAGUUUGACAGACAGAAAUUGUCACCAAGAGUGAGGAUCUCCAGACGCAAACACAGAAGCCUGAGGCUGGCGUACCACCACAGGAAAAUGUUAAGGGAAGAAGCCAAAAUGCACAUUCGAAGGUCAAAGAUGUCCUUCAUCAAAUUCAAGCUCAAGUUCCCUUCGGUUUCCUCCUCUUUCUACUGGCUCUGGAGAGCUUCUUUGAAAAGAAAACCUGAAAAGCCUGCUGUGAUGUCUAACUCUGAGGAAUCCAAGAGCUUGGCCGUUUUGCCAGACGUCUUCCAAAAGAUAAAAACUCAAGGAAUGUUUUCUUUUGAUGGGAACAUCGAUUGCCUGAAUGGACAGACAGAAUUCACAAUGCCUGAGUACUCUCCGCCUGACCAGUCCAGUAAUGACCAUAUGUUUGUAAUGGAUGUUGUGGCGCUGGCCAACUUCAAGGCCAAAGCAAAGCUGUUUUUGCAACAGCGCUUUGAAGAAAAGGCCUUUCCUACAUUCAAAGAGUUCCGGUCCUACUUUCCUCUCACUCCUCGUUCCACCUACUACAUGUGGAAAAGGGCUCUGCAUCACGGGGUGCCUUUAAUUCAUGCCUGA